GCCCAAUCAGAACAGCUGUAUUAGUGCACAUGCGCACUGAGUCUUGAACUUACAGUUGACAUGGAAAGACACGACUUUACAAGAAUUUAGCUUGAUAACGUGCUACUUAGCUAGCCACCUACAGAUUUACACAGAUGAUGUCAGUUCAAAAGCAACUUUAACCGUCAAAACAUAACGUUUAAUUCAACUCUCCUAAACAGUAUCCCGAGGGAGGCUGAUAUUCAUCCCUCAAGUUCCCAGGGAUCCCUCAGCCUGCCCUGAUGAAGGCCGAGCAAGACGGAGACCUCGUCGAAGAGGACUCCCCUGACGAGAAUGUCCAGACAAACCAGUACAGCUCCAUCUCUCCUCCUGCCUCACCGGAAGCCCAGGACGAACCCUUCUCCACAUACUUUGAGGAUAAGGUGGCCAUUCCCGAAGAUGUCAGCCAGGUGUUCAGUUUCCGUAAACUCUGGGCCUUCACUGGACCGGGGUUUUUGAUGAGCAUCGCUUACUUGGAUCCAGGGAACAUCGAGUCUGACCUGCAGUCUGGAGCUAAAGCUGGCUUUAAGCUCCUGUGGAUUCUCCUCGGUGCCACCAUCAUUGGGCUGCUGUUGCAGAGGUUAGCUGCACGCCUCGGGGUCGUCACCGGGAUGCAUCUGGCUGAAGUCUGCAACCGACAAUAUCCCGCAGUCCCUCGGGUCAUCCUUUGGAUGAUGGUGGAGUUGGCGAUUAUUGGCUCAGACAUGCAGGAGGUCAUUGGCUGUGCCAUAGCGCUCAACCUUCUUUCUAUGGGCAGUAUACCACUGUGGGCAGGAGUCCUCAUCACCAUCACAGACACAUUUGUCUUCCUCUUUCUAGACAAAUACGGCUUGAGGAAACUUGAAGCUUUCUUUGGCUUUCUCAUCACCGUAAUGGCUCUGAGCUUCGGUUACGAGUACGUUCUGGUGAAGCCAAACCAAGGGGAGCUGCUGAAGGGAAUGUUUAUACCUUACUGUGCCGACUGCGGGCCUGUGCAGCUGGAGCAGGCCGUGGGAAUCGUAGGCGCCGUCAUCAUGCCCCACAACAUCUACCUGCACUCGGCGCUGGUCAAGUCUCGGGAUAUCGAUCGCAAAAAUAAGAAUGAAGUAAAGGAAGCCAACAAGUACUUCUUCAUCGAGGCAACUAUCGCCCUCUUCAUCUCCUUCCUCAUCAACGUCUUUGUCGUCGCGGUCUUUGCGCAGGCAUUCUUCAAUAAAACCAAUAAUGACAUGAAUCAAAUGUGCAAUGAAACCGGCAGCCAGCACACAGAUCUCUUCCCUCAAAACAACGAAACGCUGCAGGUGGACAUCUACAAAGGGGGAGUGGUCCUGGGCUGCUUCUUUGGCCCUGCAGCCCUCUACAUCUGGGCGAUAGGGAUCCUGGCAGCUGGACAGAGUUCCACCAUGACGGGCACUUACUCUGGGCAGUUUGUUAUGGAGGGUUUCCUGAACCUCCGGUGGUCCCGUUUCGCCCGGGUGCUGCUGACUCGCUCCAUUGCCAUCACGCCGACACUGCUGGUGGCCAUUUUUCAGGAUGUUCAGCAUCUGACGGGGAUGAACGACUUCCUGAACGUUCUUCAAAGCAUGCAGCUUCCAUUUGCUUUGAUCCCAAUUCUGACCUUCACCAGUAUGACAUCCAUAAUGAACGACUUUGCAAACGGAAUGGUGUGGAAGAUUUCCGGAGGCGUCGUCAUCCUGGUAGUUUGUGCAAUCAACAUUUACUUUGUGGUGGUUUACGUGACGGCGCUGAACAGUGUGCUGCUCUACGUUCUCGCUGCUGUGCUCUCCGUAGCCUAUCUGUGCUUUGUAGUUUACCUGGCAUGGCACUGUUUGGUUGCCUUGGGGGUUUCCUGCCUGGACUUUGGCAGCAGGAUGCAACUGUCACGCCACACAGACAUUUACUUACUGAGUGACAUGGACGCUGACACUCUGGAUGAGAGAUAGGAGGACGCGUUGUGAGCAGAUGUUGAUCUGAUGACCCGACAGGAGUGUGGGACCCCUGAAGCUCGGCCAGUAUGUGUUCACCUUCACCUCUCUGUGCCUAACAGGUUUUUAAAGUGUCCUUACAGUACACAGUGUGGUACACGCACUGAUGAUGGAUGUUUUCCAUCACAAAUGUCUCAGCAACCUCAGUUUAUACAAAUAAAUGUGUCUGGAAGAUUUAGGUGACUGUGACACAGUAAACUACAAGUUUCAUUUAGUCUUUUUGGUUUAGCUGACAUGACAUAAAAAAAUGAAUCUGAAUUUUACAUUUUACAUUCACUCUAAUAGAGUGAGGAAAACAACAAAGGUCUGAUGUUAAUGCUGAUUUAUUCAUAAAAUCAAACUUCAAAGCUGCGGCAAGGCUUUUUUUUGCGUUUGGUGGGGACUGAACCGCUGCCCUAUAUUUUAUAUAUGUGAUUAGAAACAUUCAUCAAGAUGUUAAUAUUAGACUAAUACAUUAUUAUAAUUAAUAUAUAUAUAACACUUGAGAAAUAUACACGAUAUUUAUGUGUGAUUAUUCACACUUUUUCCUGGGUUUUAUAUUACAGAAAAGAGAAUGACUGACAGUUUUAUGUCAUUUCAUGCACAGUUAUGCAUCUGUUUUAGAUGCUGGGAAUUUCCGUUCUCGGAGAUAAGGUCUGUACAUCCUUUGUAUGUUAGCAAGUCUUUUGAGGACCGGUCAUAAACAAUUAAAAAAUCUUCCAAUUUUUAAUUAUUUAAAUUAAAGCCACCAAAGUGUAGGAUUUGAAAAUUCCUCUUUCAGUGGUGGCAGCAGACGCUAAAUUUAAACUAAAUGAUAAUACAUUUGUUCAGCACAUGUUUACAUUCCCAUUUAAUUCAUUCAUUCAUUUUAGGUCAGAAAUGUAAAGUUAAUAUGAGUGAUCAAUGCAGCACUUGGAGUCUGAGCCCUGAGAGUUUCUCAGCCUGUUUUGAAGCUGACAGACAUCUUAUUUAUUGUACAUCAGAAUAUAAUAAUUGGGUGUCUUCUAUUAUUUCUAUUUAGUUUUCUCUCCUAAAUUUCCUUCUCAGUUAAGCUUAGGUCAGUUUGUUUUACCUUUUUUAGUUUUUAUUUAUGUGUAGUUUAUAUAUUUUUUUUAAUAAAUGCUACUUUGGCUU